AAGGUUGAAAAAAAUGAUGACAUUGACCAAAAGAUUGAACAAGAUGGCAUCAAACCGGAAGAUAAAGCUCAUAAGGCAGCCAUCAAAAUUCAAGCUAGCUUCCGUGGACACAUAACAAGGAAAAAGCUCAAGGGGGAGAAGAAGGGUGAUGCCCAAACUACUGAUGUUGAAGCUGGCGAGAAGAAGGAGGAAGUCCUUGCGAAUGGUCUGGCAGAUGGCAAAGCUGCCAUUACAGAAGCUGCUCCGGCUGAGAAUGCCCUGCCUGUGGAUGGCAGCAAAGGAGGAAGCAGCCCUGCAGAUGAGAAGCAGGGAGAAGGCACGGCUGACACGGGCUCGGAGCAGCCUGCCCCAAAGGCCACCACUCCUGCUGCCCCAUCGGAGGAAAAGCCCACUCCUGCUGCCACUGAAACAGAAAGUGCCACUAAAGCUUCCACUGAUAACUCACCAUCCUUGAAGGCCGAUGAAGCCCAAGUCAAGGAGGAACCUAAACAAGCCGAUGUGCCUGCCACUGUCACCACCGCCGUUACCCCCAGUGCUGCAGAGGAUGCUACUGCCAAGGCAACAGCGCAGCCCCUAACAGACUCGGCAGAGAAUAGCCAAACCGAAGAGAAGACAGAUGCUGUAGAAGAAACCAAAUCUUCUGAAAGUGCCCAGCAGGAAGAAGCGAAAGAAGAUGAGAGCAAGGCGGACCAAGAAAAUGCCUGAACAUUAAGAAAUGACUCCCUGUUGCCCUGCCCUCCCUCUUUUCCUUGUUCCAA